UUUUGUGUGUGUGUGUGUAACCACGCCUACACAGUGGCUGCCAAGGCUUACCCAUGAGUUAAACCUUCUUUAGUUGGUAAUGAGGAAGGCACGGGCUCUAGCAGUGGACACCCGAAGGCAGCAGUGGAUGAAAACAAGCAAAAUAAAGAAAAGUUUGGCUGUGAGAAGGUGCUAGACAGCCAGCCAUAGUGACAAGGAGGCACCACCACCAUCACCACCACAGGGAAGUUCUGCAUCGCUUGGGCUUGUCACCACACCCGCACUGCCCCUGGUGCCCCACGGUGGAGGAAACUAUUGAACACUGCCCUGUACUCAGCCCUCGCUUCUAUUCCCACUGCGUUGUGCUCCGCGACCAACCAAGCCCUCGGGACCAACAUCCUUGACCUGCCCAACCUACUGGCGGCAGUGGGCAGCCCUCUACGCCAAAAACAAGAACAAUAAGAGAGAAGGGAAAGGCAUCUCAGUUGUCGCCGAUCAGCAGGAGCAGUGAGGAGGUCAACAUGAUUCCAGAAGUGGAUAUUUUUGUUGGAAAUUACACGAUUAUUGAUCAGGAAGUGUUUGAGUUAUGGGUGCAGGGUUACUCUGUGGUGGAGUGUGUGUCGGUGUUGCAGCAGCGCGGGGAGCUGGAGGCUUGGGGGGCGGCGCAGGACCUCCUUGCUUCGGACACUGGGGACCACUAUCGCACCUUUGGCAUGCUGGAGAAGCUGCUGCUCACGCCCCCUAAGCUGGCCGAGGAGUGGACCUUUCAGCUGGAGCCCGCCGUACAGCGCAUGGUCAUCGAGAAGUAUUACGAGCUGGACGACAUCGUUAUCCGAGAAAUCAUUGGAAAGAAGUUAUCGGGCCGAACCAGGAAGGAUCUUGACGACGUGGCUGAGAAGACAGGUGUGCUUCUGAGAUCCUGCAGACGUCAAUUUGAUAACGUGAAGCGGAUUUUCAAGCACGUGGAUGAGAUGACUGGCUCAGUGAUGGCCAAUAUCCAGUCUGCCUUCCUGCUGCCACCGCCGCUGGCCAAGAAAUAUGCAUCGAUCGUCUUCAUCAUCAACAACCGCUUUGAGACAAGCAAACGCAAGCUGAACUACUUAACGUUUGAGGACUUCUCAGUGUGUGCGUCCCUCAUGAUGUCGUCCUGGACCACCGCGAGCCCCCUGGCCCCCGCGCUGGCCCCAGACACCAGGGAUGAUACUGAUUUCGACAGGGACUUCCUCAUUGAGCUCAGGGACUUCAAACUUCUGCUGGAUCGGGAAAAGGAGCAUCGGAACGUCACCCUAAGCCACCUCAGAGGGAAGAUACCAGACCGCAUGUGCUCAGAGGUGGAAAGCAACUUCAAGAUUUACUCAAGGGGCAUUAUAAACAUCGGCUGCUCCCUCAACAACUCUCGGGACCUGAGGGAUUUCUUUGUGGAUGCUGUGGAGAGGGUGGUGGAGCCCUGCAGACAGGCUAGGUGGAGGUCCCCUGAGCUGGAGAUCUUCCUGAAGGUGUACGCUGAAGCUGGGUCUGCCCUGGAUAUUAUGGCCAGCUGACGAUUACAAGCAGAACCUCCGGACACUUCUUCAGGAGGUUCGUUUGUCAUACGGCGCUGGGCUGGCAAUGAGUCUGGGAGGAUUUGCACGUGUGGAGCUCAACUACUGCGUGCCUCUGUUGGUGCAGCGCGGCGACCGACCCAGCCAGGGACUACAGUUUGGUGUGGCUGCCAGUUUCCUAUGAGAUCCUUCCUUCACCCUAGAGGUCCUGGGUUUCUUUACUUGGUCCUCAUUAUCCUUGUCUUUCUCUUGUUUACCUCCUGUCUUCCUUCUUUUGCUUGCCCUGUCUUCUUUCUUUCAAUUCCUAGUCUCUGCCAGCUUCCUCUGAGGUCAUUUCCUUCAUUCUAGAGUCCCUGGAGUCCUUCAUUUGGUCCUAGUCCUUUUCUUUUCUCUGUCUAGCUCCUGUCUUUCUCCCUUGCCCUUGUCUGCCAGCUUCCUCUGAGGUCCUUUCCUUCAAUAGAGAGAUCCUUGGUUCCUUCAUUUGGUCCUUCUAGUCUAGUCCUUGUCUUGCCCUUGUCUACCUUUCAUCUUUCUCCCUUGCCUUUCUUCAUUCAUUCCUUUCAUUCCAUCUAAUCUUGUCUUCUUUCCUUCCUUCCUUUAACUCCCUGCCUUUCUCUCCCUCAUUUUCCACACAGUCAUUUUUCUCUUUCUGUAUCUUUUCUUCUUUACUUCUUCAGUCUAGUCCUUCAUUAUCUCCUCUUUAAGUCUUCCUUUCUCCAGCUUGUCUAUUGUCUACGUAGGAAGGGUAAAAAGAGUGGAUAUAUUGAGUGGAUGGAGUGAGGAAUUGGUGAGGAUGGAAAGGUCAUAUCUUGGGUGGAUCUUAGUAAGGUGGAAGGCUGAGUGAGGGAGGAAAGGUUAGAAAAGAAUGGAGGACAGGAGGAUGAGGAAGGAAAGGUUAGGAAGGGAGAAGGAAAGAAGAUUGGGAAGGGUGGAAGACUAAGUGAGCGAGGAAAGGUUAGGAAGGAAUAGAGGACAAUGUGAGGAUGGGUGUUAGUAAUGGUGUUGUGGGUGAGGAGGAAAAGGUUAGGAAGGAAUGAAGGACAAUGUGAGGAUGGGUGUUAGUAAUGGUGUUGUGGGUGAGGAGGAAAAGGUUAGGCUGGCAGCUGCUUCCAUUUACUUAUGCAAGACUUGUACAGUGUAAAAAUACAGUCAUAUAUAUUAAU